UUGUGAAGAAUGUUUAUUAUUGCAAAGCAGUAUUUGAAAUGCAUGAUUAAUGUAUAGGAAUAACGCAUAUUUGUACGAGCAAACAAAUUAAUGGGUUGAAUUCCCAAUAACAUGAUUCCAGCUAUUAAAUCAGAAAAUAUUGAUGGCGAUUGUGACACAGAUUCUGAAAAUAAUAGCAUCAAAAGUGUUUUGAAAUGGAAGUGGGGCUCUAGAAAAAGUGCCUUUCUGCCUUAUAGGCCAGUCAGUACUGUAUUAACAAAUUUGCAAAGGGGUAAUACUGAAGCAAAGAGCGGAGAAGAAAUAAAAUUCAAUUUCCAUGCUCGGGCUGCUCAAGGUGAGAUAACAAUCAAACAGAUUUGCUCUGAGGGAUGCGAUACUGUCGAUAUCAAUGGUUAUACUAGUUUGCAUUGGGCAUCAUAUUAUGGCCAAACAUGUACUGUAAAUAUGCUCCUUCAGUAUGGAGCUUCUGUAGAUAAACUAGGGCCCGAAGGUGAAACAGCGCUACUUCUUGCAGCUGCUGGUGGACACUAUGAUACAAUUAAAUUACUAUUAGAACAUGGGGCAGAUGUAAAUCAUUGUGAUAUUCUUGGAAAUACUGCAUUGGCAUAUGCUGCAGCUGGUAAUCACCCACAUUCUUGCCAUAAUCUUCUUAUAAAAGGUGCUGAUUUAACUUUAAAUAAUGAAAAUGAUGAUACCCCAUACAGUUUGGCAAUAAGGAAGAAAUCUUAUGCAGCCCAGAGUGUUAUAGAGAAUCAUCUACUUGCUUUACUUUCAUCUUAACCUGAUUGCUAAAAUUUCUGAAUCACAAGAAGAAUUAUGUAUGAAGGGGUAUGUGCAGGAAAAUCUCUAAUGUACAGUUAUUAAAGGUAAAUCAGAGAUAUAAAAGAUUAAAAAUUUGAAACAUCAAAUAAAAUAGAAAUUAGAUUCCAUCUUAUAAUAUUGCAUUAAAAACAACACAUGAAGAUUAUUGAUAAAAGUUUUGCUGAUAUGUUCCGAUAAUUAU